AUUCCUGACCUGUCUCCUUUCCUUCGAAGAGAGAAAAAAUUCAGGGAGAGCGACGGAGAGAGAGAGAGAGAGAAGAAAGGAAAGGAGGGAAGGGGUUUGGGUGUAGCAAGGAGAGCUCGGCACUCUUUCUCGUCCUCCCGCUCUCUCUGCCUAUUCUUUCUCUCUCUGAGUACAGAAAAAUCAAGGACUCCAUCCUUUCACAUUUUCUUUUGCCAAGAUGAUCUCCCUGAACAGAAGCUCUUUCCUGAAUAAGACCGGGAUAUCUGGGUUUCGUAGCCCUUCCUCUGGGGCGGUGCUGAGAAGACGGCCAGCUUCGGUGAGAGUGGUGGCUUUGGGCACAAAUGGCCGAGCAGGGGAGAGAAACGCCGCCAUUUUGGUGGAGAACAGAUUGAAGGAAAUGAGAGAAGGCUCCUCCGCGAUCGCUGAUGUGGAGUCCGAACCUACCGUCGGCGGUGAAGUCCAGGACGAGUACGGCGAGGAUGCCGCCACUGAGGAGUUUGUCACCCCUUGGUGUCUCUCUGUUGCUAGUGGUUAUUCUUUGCUGAGAGAUCCGCACCAUAACAAGGGGCUUGCCUUCAAUGAAAAAGAGAGAGAUGCCCACUUUUUGCGAGGUCUCCUCCCCCCAACAGUUGCUUCUCAUGAGCUUCAGGUUAGCACCCAGCGUCUAGAUCCUUCAACCCCUUUCACUUGGCUAUGUGGUUUUCUUUUUUAUUGCAUAGUACCUACUUAUUGUUAUUACCACUCCACUCCCCAGGUGAAGAAAAUGAUGCAUAAUAUCCGCCAAUAUCAACUUCCACUACAGAAGUACAUGGCCAUGAUGGAUCUCCAGGAGAGAAAUGAAAGACUAUUCUACAAACUUCUUAUUGAGAAUGUUGAGGAGUUACUCCCAAUUGUAUACACUCCCACUGUUGGUGAAGCUUGCCAGAAAUAUGGGAGCAUCUUCAUGCGUCCUCAGGGUCUCUUUAUUAGUUUGAAAGAAAAGGGCAAGAUUCGUGAGGUUUUGAGGAAUUGGCCUGAGAAGAAUAUUCAAGUUAUUGUUGUCACUGAUGGGGAGCGGAUUUUGGGGCUAGGAGAUCUUGGCUGUCAGGGGAUGGGAAUUCCCGUUGGAAAACUUUCAUUAUACACUGCACUGGGUGGAGUUCGUCCUUCAUCUUGCUUGCCUAUAACCAUUGAUGUGGGUACAAACAAUGAGACACUACUGAAUGAUGAGUUUUACAUUGGGCUCAGGCAAAGGAGGGCAACUGGGCAGGAAUAUGCUGAACUCCUAGAUGAAUUCAUGACCGCAGUCAAGCAAAAUUAUGGAGAAAAAGUCCUCAUUCAGUUUGAAGACUUUGCGAACCACAAUGCUUUUGAUUUGCUUGCAAAAUAUGGCACAACGCAUCUAGUUUUUAAUGACGAUAUUCAGGGGACAGCAUCCGUGGUACUUGCAGGGCUAGUUGCAGCUCAGAACUUAGUUGGGGGAACCUUAGCUGACCACAGGUUUCUAUUCCUCGGUGCUGGAGAGGCUGGUACUGGAAUAGCAGAACUCAUAGCCCUUGAGAUAUCAAAACAGACAAAUGCCCCAUUGGAAGAGACCCGCAAGAAGAUUUGGCUUGUUGAUUCAAAGGGGUUGAUUGUCAGCUCCCGGAAGGAAUCGCUCCAACAUUUCAAGAAACCUUGGGCUCAUGAACACGAACCAAUUAAUGAACUUGUAGAUGCUAUUAAGGCAAUCAAGCCAACUGUGUUGAUAGGAACAUCAGGAGUAGGAAGAACAUUUACUAAAGAAGUGGUUGAGGCCAUGGCCUCCAUCAAUGAGAAACCUAUUAUUCUUGCUCUUUCCAACCCAACUUCACAGUCUGAAUGCACUGCCAAGGAAGCUUAUACAUGGAGUCAGGGUCGAGCCAUUUUUGCUAGUGGCAGCCCAUUUCCUCCUGUUGAAUAUGAGGGGAAGCUUUUUGUGCCUGGCCAGGCAAAUAAUGCAUACAUUUUUCCUGGACUUGGUCUCGGUUUAAUAAUGUCUGGUGCUAUCCGUGUUCACGACGACAUGCUCCUGGCAGCCUCGGAAGCUUUGGCUGCACAGGUGAGCAAGGAGAACUUUGCUAAGGGACUCAUAUUCCCUCCAUUUACUAACAUUAGAAAGAUUUCAGCACAUAUCGCUGCUAAAGUUGCUGCUAAAGCUUAUGAACUUGGUUUGGCUACUCGCCUUCCUCAGCCUAAAGAUCUGGUGAAGCACGCCGAGAGCUGUAUGUACAGCCCUGUCUACCGAAGUUACCGGUGAAUUGGUAGAAAUUUGUCCAUUUUAUCGUAUGAAUUCACUAUAAUUAUACAACCUCUGGCGCGAUCAAUUUCCUU